AACAGUUGCAGCUGCAAGAGAGAAGAGAGAGAGAGGAAGAAGAAAAAAAAGUCAGAGAAAACCUCCCCAAAAAAAAAAAAAAAAAAUGCACUUAAGCGAGAACGAAGGAAUAGAGGGAAACACCUUCGUGGUGACCGGAGGGCUUGGAUUCGUAGGCUCCGCUCUCUGCUUGGAGCUCGUCAGAAGAGGGGCCAGCCAGGUCCGAGCCUUUGAUCUCCGAACCACCUCCCCUUGGUCCCAACACCUCAAAAACAACGGCGUCCGCUGUGUCCAAGGUGAUAUUGCACGGAAGAAAGAUGUUGAGAAAGUGGUACGAGGUUCGGAUUGUGUGUUCCACUUGGCCUCGUACGGAAUGUCGGGGAAAGAAAUGCUCCAGUUCGGUCGUGUCGACGAGGUUAACAUAAAUGGGACUUGUCAUGUGUUGGAUGCUUGUCUUGACUAUGGGAUCAAAAGGCUUGUUUAUGUCAGUACCCACAAUGUUGUUUUCGGAGGAAACGAGAUUGUCAAUGGGAAUGAGGCCUUGCCUUAUUUCCCAAUUGAUCAACAUGUUGAUUCCUAUGGACGCAGUAAAUCUAUUGCUGAACAGUUGGUUCUAAAGAGCAAUGGUCGUCCUUUUAAGAAUAAGGAUGGCAAUUGUCUUUAUACCUGUGCAGUUCGUCCAGCUGCUAUUUAUGGACCAGGUGAAGAAAGACACCUGCCAAGGAUAGUAUCCACAGCUAAGUUAGGUCUGAUGCCAUUUAAAAUUGGUAAAGCAAGUGUAAAAACGGACUGGAUUUAUGUCGAUAACCUGGUUCUUGCACUAAUAUUGGCAAGCAUGGGACUGUUGGAUGACAUUCCUGGAAAAGAAAAACGUCCAGUAGCUGCUGGCCAGCCAUACUUUGUAUCUGAUGGGUCUCCAGUCAAUACUUUUGAAUUCAUCCGGCCUCUGCUUAGAAGCUUGGAUUAUGACCUGCCAAAAGCUUCCUUAGCUGUUCCCCAUGCACUUCUUUUGGGAAAGUUUUUUUCGGUGAUCUAUACAAUCUUGUAUCCAUGGUUGAAUCAGUGGUGGCUUCCUCAACCACCCCUCCUUCCUGCUGAAGUAUACAAGGUUGGUGUGACCCAUUACUUCUCUUUCCUUAAAGCAAAGGAGGAGCUGGGCUAUGUUCCAAUGGUAACCCCUCGAGAGGGCAUGGCUGAAACCAUCUCUUACUGGCAGGAGAAGAAAAGGAAAUCUCUGGAUGGGCCUACGAUAUAUGCAUGGCUAUUCUGCGUCGUUGGAAUGAGCAUGGUAUUCUGUGCUGCUUAUGUACCUGUGCCACUCUUCACAGCUAUUGGUCUUUUCUUCUUCCGGUCCAUGAGGGUAGUAAGGAUGGUAUUUCUUGUAUCUACUGCAUUACAUAUUGGUGAGGCUAUAUAUGCAUGGCACCUGGCAAAAAGGGUGGAUCCUGCUAAUAGAAGAGGAUGGUUUUGGCAGACUCUUGCUCUCGGGAUCUUUUCAUUGCGUUUUCUGUUGAAGAGAGCAAGGAAAUAAAGGGACGCUCCCUUUAUGUGUGUUCAUCUAUAGUUGUAGAAGAUGUUCCCUUGAUUUAAAGAUGAUGAAAACAAAUGUGAUUCUCUCAUGUUUCUGAAGAGAAAUGGAAAGAAAUAUCAUUUCUUAUUGUUAGAAGGAAAAUAAGGGGCUUCACGGGAGGUAAAAAUGGUGAAGGGAGCAGUUUGCAGAUCAUGUUAAAGAAGGAUAGCAGUUAGCACUCUAAAGAUUUAAAUGCCAGCACCACCAAGACUCAGUCAUAGCAUGGGUGAUACCUCUGUCUAUUCCCUUGAAAUAAUAAUAAUAAUCUGUAGCAACAAAAAAUAAUGAUAAUAGUAAUGCCAUUAUUCGUGCAUAAAGUAAUGAAUUCUAUUUUGCUCC